AUGUGCCUUGGCACUAGCUCUGCUAUUGAAGUCAUGAAAAAAAUAAGUAUUCCUAAUAUUGAAUACUUUGCUUAUGGAAGAGCUUGGGAUACUUAUUGUUUAGGUGAAAUUAUGAAAGUUAUUUAUUCAGUUUCAAAUAUUAAUGCUGAAUUAUCAUUGCUUUCCACGCAUACAUCAGAAUCACCAUCAUCGGAAGAAGAAACUAAUCAAGCAGCUGACAAAAAAAAAGCAACUCCAUUACGUUUGGCUAAAGCUGAUAUAGACGCUAUACUUUUUGCGGAGGAUCUUAAAGCUGGAAUGAAAAAAAGGUUAAAACACAUUACCAUAUAG